AACUCUCAAAAUGACUGGCCGGGCACGAGCAAGGGCAAGAGGCCGAGCACGUGGCCAAGAGGUGGCGACUCCUGGUGCGAAACCAGAAGCACCAGCUGAGGUCCCACCUGCUGAAAGCACACUGGUUGGUAGAGGAAGACAGAAAGCUGCUCCAGGACCUGUUACUGCAGAAGCUAUCCUUCAGGUCUCAACUGGAUUUCAACAAGUGAAACUGGGAGAAAGAGGUGGACGCCGUCGGGAUUUUCACGAUAUUGGGGUUAACACCAGGCAGGCAAUGGAGCAUGUGAAGGACUCAAAAUGUGGAACCACUGGUUCUGCCAUUCAGUUGACUGCCAACUUCUUCCGCCUCCUGUCCCGUCCCCAGUGGGUUCUGUAUCAGUACCAUGUCGACUUUAAGCCCCCAAUGGAUUCUCUUCGUCUUCGAGCUCGCCUCAUCUUCUGCCACGAAGAUACAAUUGGCAGAGUUCAUAUUCUGGAUGGAGAUAUGCUGUUUCUGCCACGCAGAUUGCACGGCAAGGAAACUGUGCUACACAGCGAAACAAGGAGUGGAGAGAAGGUUCAAGUCACAGUUACCCUGACAAAUGAACUGCCCCCUACAUCACCUGUGUGCAUUCAGUUUUACAACAUCCUUUUCAAGAGGAUCCUGAAGAAGCUCGACAUGCAGGUUAUUGGGCGCAACUACUACAACCCCCACGAUCCACUUGAGGUCCCACAGCACAAGUUGACCAUUUGGUCAGGUUUCAGUACUGCCAUCUUGGAGUUUGAGACCUCCAUCAUGCUGACUACUGAUGUGACCCACAAAGUCCUACGCAGUGAGACAGUUCUCGACAUUAUGUGCAAUCUCAGACAGCAGUUUGGAAACCAACGAUUUGCUGAAGUCUGCACAAAGGAGCUCAUUGGAGUCACAGUCCUCACCAAGUACAAUAACAGAACCUACAGGAUUGAUGACAUCGCAUGGGACCAAACACCCCUCAACACAUUCAAGAGGGGAGAUACUGACAUUAGCUUCAGCAACUAUGUCAAGAAUCAAUAUGGGUUGGAAGUCACUGAUCCAAAUCAGGUGUUGCUGGCCAGCCAGUUGAAGAGGAGAGGUCCUCCUGGCUCAGCUCCUCUUGGCCCAGCACUGCUCAUUCCCGAGUUUUGCUACCUUACAGGUUUGACUGACAAGAUGAGAGGUGACUUUACCAUCAUGAGGGACCUGAGCUCCCACACGAGGCUGAACCCAGACCAAAGAGAGACCCGCCUGAAUAGAUUUAUCACUAAUAUACACAAAAAUGCAGAUGCUCAGGCAGAAUUGGACACUUGGGGCCUCAGCUUCGACAGACAGCUCUUGAAUCUGAAUGCCAGAGUUCUACCAGGAGAGAGGAUCUUGCAGGGACAAAGAUCGUACGAGUACAACCCCUGGGCUGCCGACUGGUCGAAGGAGAUGCGUGGGGUGCCUGUGAUCAGUUCACCCCCCUUGAGUAGCUGGCUGAUAUUCUUCACUCGCCGUAAUGGUAAUGAAGCUCAGGCACUGGUGCAGAGCCUCCACAAGGUCUCAGGACCCCUCGGCAUCCGCAUACAGAGGCCUGUGAUGGUGGAGUUUGAUGACAACCAACAGUCUCUCCUUAGAUCACUGCAAAACCACGUUGGACCACAAACACAGAUGGCAGUCAUUGUCCUUCCCAGCAACAGGAAAGACAAGUACGACAGUGUGAAGAAGUACCUUUGUUUGGACUGUCCCACUCCCAGCCAGUGCGUGUUGUCACGUACUCUCGGCAAGUCCCAGGCCCUCAUGACCGUGGCCACAAAGAUUGCCCUGCAGAUGGCUUGCAAAAUGGGAGGGGAGCUGUGGAGUGUGGAAAUCCCUUUGAAGCAGCUGAUGAUUGUGGGCAUCGACUGCUACCAUGAUACUGUUGCUGGAAAAAGGUCUAUUGGCGCUUUAGUGGCCAGCCUGAACAGCACCAUGAGCAGGUGGUACUCAAAGUGUGUGCUGCAGCAGAGAGGUCAGGAAAUUAUGGAUGGUUUGAAGGUGGCCUUGACUGGUGCACUGAAGGACUACGUGAAAUUCAAUGGAUCUUCUCCCUCACGCGUCAUUGUUUACAGAGAUGGAGUGGGAGAUGGACAGCUGCAGAGUGUAGUCAGCUACGAGGUCCCUCAGAUCAUGGAAUGCAUCGCGUCCAUUGGUAAAGACUACAUGCCCAAACUGACUGUGGUGGUGGUGAAGAAGCGCAUCAGCAGCAGGUUCUUUGCCCACGUCAAUGGCAAAGUCACCAACCCUCCUCCAGGAACCAUCAUUGACACAGAGGUCACUCGUCCAGAGUGGUAUGACUUCUUCAUUGUGAGCCAGGCUGUCCGGGGUGGGAGUGUCUCUCCAACUAACUACAAUGUGAUUUAUGACACCAGCGGACUGAAGCCGGAUCACAUGCAGCGGCUCACGUACAAGCUGUGCCACAUGUACUACAACUGGCAGGGUACCAUUCGUGUGCCGGCACCCUGCCAGUACGCCCACAAGUUGGCCUUCCUGGUGGGUCAGAGCCUCCACAAAGAGCCCCACGUGUCUCUGGAUGACCUGCUCUUCUACCUGUAAAGCCUGAUUUAGGCGCACGUUU